AUACAAAGCUGCAGAGCCAGUGGGCUGAGAGUAGCCAGAGUUGAGUCAGGUGAUAGACUUUCUCGUGCUGUGGUACGGGCACGGACAAGGCAAGGCUUCUUGAAAGACUCGGGAUUGAGGUUUGAUUUUUUUGAAGAACCGCUUUGGCCGGUGCUGUUCCUGGUUUCCUCCCAUCAAUUUUCUUCGACAUUUUCUCCAUUCCACUUCUCCUUAUAGCGGCAUUUCAGAGAUGCGCAGUUUGCCAUUAAAAACAUCACCAAAAACAGAGCAAGCCCCAGUUUGUUAUGUAGGCUGGUUUAGAGGCAUCGCAUUCUUUCCGGGGUCAAAGAAACCGUCACCCAAGUUUCCCUCUCCUCUGGCCUUUAUAUAUAUAUAUAUAUGUGCACCCCAACGGAUAGAGUGUGAGAGAAAAUAAAAAAGAGAUGGCGAGCGAGCAACCGGCGAGGCCAAGGGCAAGCGAGGAGGAAGUCAAGGGAAUAGAGGAGCUGCCUCUGGAGAGCAGCCCCUACGUGAAGUACUCGGACAUAGAGGACUACAAGCAGCAGGGCUAUGGCACCCACGGCCACCUCCCUGCCAUCGACACUUCGAGGCACGGCGGUGCCACCGAUGGCCCCAUGCUCUCCGGCACCGGCCUAUCGGAAAAGGAGGUCCGCGCCAUUGAUCCCGGCGACCGCCCGAGCACCGCGUAAGCUUAGGUAUAUAUAGCUAGCAAGAGGGAAUUGCAUGAGUUCUUGGGAGUCCCAUGCAUGCAUGACCCGUUACUAGGCUGUGCUCUUUGGCAUGGUUAGUUUAAUAAGUUGGUUGAACAUUGUUCCUGCUGAACUUGUUAGUCGGCGUUACAUGUCAUUGUGUGAUCAUGAUCGUAUUUGAAUUAUUGUUAAUGUGACAAUGUACCUAUCUUUGUUGCAUC